CAAGUAUCUCCGAUUUCCAUCAUUCUGUAUAGAGGUAAAGCGUGCGCAACAUAAGAACAUUUUAAUCAUUACCCAAUAUGAUUUUCAAAUUGGUUGAGAUAGCGUGAGAAAGCGAACCAGCUCCGACAUCGGAAACCCCCCGGCGGCCCUACAAUGCAUCCAAUGAUCUCUCCACUGUUCAGCUUACCGUAGAAUUGAUAGACAGCGACGACAUUGUUACGGAAAUUCAAGUCAUACAGUCUCUCUCCGUUCCCAUAAAAUGCCCUUGAAUUUCAAAGCUCAUCUUUUUCCGACAAUGGAGACCUAUUGAGGGAGAUCUGAGCCUUCGAGACGAAGUUUCUGUUUGAUAAAGACGUCAUCUUGGAGAGGAAGUUAGCGAUGACUUUGGAGCUGAAAUAUUUUGCUGGAGACGACCUGAGGUUUUGAGCAGAAGAUUAUGUUUGAUGAAGCUGUAAUCUUGAAGGUCAAAGGAGUUAUUUUUCUGAGGAAGUGAAAGAGAUGGGUUUGGGUUUGGAUUUGGAGGGGCUGAUUUUAAACACAAAGGUGCAUGUGAAAUCUGAUUAUUAUUAUGUUACAUCUAUAACCCUCUUUGUUGCUCUUCUGUGUGCGUGUAUUGUUAUUGGUCACCUGCUAGAGGAGAAUCGCUGGAUGAAUGAAUCAAUAACAGCUCUCUUCUUUGGGCUAAUAAGUGGAGCAAUUAUUCUUCUUACUACGAAAGGGAAAAGCUCACAUAUUCUGGUUUUUAGUGAGGAUCUAUUCUUCAUAUAUGUGCUUCCUCCGAUUAUAUUUAAUGCAGGGUUCCAAGUCAAAAAGAAACAAUUCUUUCGCAACUUCUUGACAAUUAUGAUGUUCGGUGUAGCUGGGACCUUGGUAUCUUUUACCAUAAUUUCAUUCGGAGCCAUUGGAUCAUUUAGUAGACUGAAUAUUGGUUCACUGGAUAUUGGUGAUUAUCUUGCAAUUGGCGCAAUCUUUUCUGCAACGGAUUCUGUUUGCACCUUACAGGUGCUCAGUCAGGAUGAGACACCAUUUCUUUAUAGCUUGGUCUUUGGUGAGGGUGUUGUCAAUGAUGCAACAUCAGUAGUGCUCUUCAAUGCCAUCCAAAAGUUUGAUCUUGUUCACUUGGAUGCUGUCAUUGUGCUUCAGCUUAUUGGAAAUUUCUUCUAUCUAUUUUUGACCAGCACCAUCCUUGGAGCUCUGGCAGGUCUGCUCAGUGCUUACAUUAUAAAAAAGUUGUAUUUUGGCAGGCAUUCUACUGACCGUGAAGUUUCGCUUAUGAUGCUCAUGGCUUAUCUUUCUUACAUGAUAGCUCAACUAUUAGAUCUGAGCAGUAUCCUCACAGUAUUUUUUUGUGGAAUAGUAAUGUCACACUAUACUUGGCACAAUGUGACAGAAAGUUCUAGGAUUACUACAAAGCAUGUUUUCGCAACAUUGUCGUUUAUUUCAGAGAUUUUUCUCUUUCUGUAUGUUGGUAUGGAUGCUCUGGACAUUGAGAAGUGGAAAUUUGUUAGUGACAGCCCUCUGAAACAAGUUAGUCUGAGCUCAUUGCUUUUAGGUCUGGUUUUAGUGGGAAGAGCUGCUUUUGUUUUCCCACUCUCAUUUUUAUUGAAUUUGGCAAAGAAGUCUUCGUCUGAAAAAAUCAACUUCAGACAGCAAGUUAUAAUAUGGUGGGCUGGACUUAUGAGAGGUGCUGUUUCUAUUGCACUUGCAUAUAAUCAGUUCACUAGAGCAGGGCACACACAGCUGAGAAGCAAUGCUAUAAUGAUCACCAGUACUAUCACAGUUGUUCUGUUUAGCACUGUGGUUUUCGGCUUACUGACAAAGCCUCUAAUCCGUCUUCUUCUUCCUCACGCUCCGAAGCAUCUGAGCAGCAUGUCCUCAGAUCCCCUGAGUCCAAAAUCCUUCCUUUCUCGUCUCCUCCUCGAAAAUGGCCAGGUAUCCGAGGUCGAAGCUGUGGGGGAUAAUAUCAUCGGCCUGCCGAACCUUCGGAUGCUCCUCACCAAACCCUACGCAUCGGUUCAUCACCAUUGGCGCAGAUUUGAUGAUUCCUUCAUGCGCCCAGUUUUUGGGGGCAGGGGAUUUGUUCCUUUUGUUCCCGGUUCGCCUGCAGAGAGAAAGGGUUUGGCUGAAACAAGCAUUAUUGAAGAACAAUGAUCCGCA